ACUAUGGGUGUCAUCCUAUGUCUAUGGGUGGGUCAAACAAUAGUAACGUCAGCUCACCAAUCUGUGAAGACGGUUGUCUUUCCAUGCAUCUAGAAAACUGAACUGAAUCGACCAAAAACUGUGAGCAGCCAUGGACAAGAGUGAGCUGGUGCAGAAGGCCAAGUUGGCUGAGCAGGCGGAGCGCUAUGACGACAUGGCGGCCGCAAUGAAGGCAGUGACCGAGGAGGGCAACGAGCUGUCCAACGAGGAGCGCAACCUGCUGUCGGUGGCCUACAAGAACGUGGUAGGCGCACGGCGCUCCUCGUGGAGGGUGGUGUCCAGCAUCGAGCAGAAGACCGAGGGCAGUGACAAGAAGCAGCAGAUGGCCAAAGAGUACCGGGAAAAGAUCGAGAAGGAGCUGAAGGACAUCUGCCGCGAUGUUCUGGAGCUGCUGGACAAGUUCCUCAUCCCCAAGGCUACUCCUGCCGAGAGCAAAGUCUUCUACCUGAAGAUGAAGGGGGAUUACUACCGUUACCUGGCAGAGGUGGCCAUAGGCGAGGAGAAGGCUGCCAUCAUCGGCAGCUCACAGGAGGCCUACAAGGAUGCGUUUGACAUCAGCAAGACCGAGAUGCAGCCCACCCACCCCAUCCGCCUGGGCCUGGCCCUCAACUUCUCCGUCUUCUACUACGAGAUCCUCAACUCGCCGGAGCAGGCCUGCAAGCUGGCCAAGACGGCUUUUGAUGAGGCCAUCGCAGAGCUCGACUCACUGAACGAAGAGUCGUACAAAGACAGCACGUUGAUCAUGCAGCUACUGCGAGACAACCUCACACUGUGGACCUCAGACAACCAGGGAGACGGCGAGGACACCGAGGAGGCCCAAGCAAACUGAAUCUCACCCAGUCCCAACCCUGGACCAACCCCUACCCCUACCCAUCCCAUCCCUAACCCUUCGUCCCCCCUCCCUCCCCCAUUCCCUGUCGUCGCCCUGGCGCGCCACCAACACUGAGACCACCUCAUUGUCCAGCUUCAGUCUCUCUUAGUCUCCUUCCCCUUUCCCUCGACUCCCCUCUCUUCUGUCCCCUCUCUUUUCUAGUCAUUGUGGGGUGUCCUUUCUCCCUCUGGGGUCUGUGUGUCCGUGUGGAGGGGGGUGGAUUCGAGAGUGUGGGAGGGGUGGCACAAAUAGGAGAGGAGGUGCUUGUUUGCUCUUGAACCUGGCUGUGUGUGUGUGUGUGCACUUGCGUGUGCGCGUGCAUGGGUGCAUGGUGGGAGCUCCAGGCUUAGUCAGCAGGGUGAGUGAAAGUGGGCAAAAAAAAAACACGCGGUUGAGGGUUACCCGUCCGGCACUCUGCCAGCCCGUUUGUGCCAUCUUCAUCUCCGCCCAAGACCCAGAGCUGUCUCUCACUCUCUGGGGCUGCUGCUUUAACCAAGGCCCGCCACUAUCAGCCAAUCGGGGAAACAGUCCUGGACAGCAGUGGGUUGGCAUGGCACUGGGAGGUCAAAGGUCAAAUGUGAUGCGCCCCACCCCUCCCUCCCCCACCCCCCAAUCUCCUGCCCCUCCCUCUCAAAAAGCACAUACUGUAUCACAAAAGCGCUUGGCAGAGGGACAAAAAAAAAGAAGAGAAAAAGGUUACAUUCCAUUUACGGUCACUUGCUCAAGGUUUUUCGUAUUCCCUGUCUUGGGUGGCUUGCAAAUAAUAAUAUUAAAAAUGAAAACUGACUUGUUUUUUUCUUCAUAUUGCUCAAUCAAUUACGAGGUAUGGAUGACCAGAGAACAAAGAGAGGGCCCAAAAUAGCUCUGCAGAGCUGGUCACAAUACUGCACAAUGGGAGCAGCCGGAAGCCCCUAUGUGCUUAAUCCAAUUACUGCUUUCUUCCCCCCAACUAAAGUUUGUUUUACUGUUUUAUUUGAUAAACUGCUUUUUAAUUUCAUUUGAUAUUUGGAAUUUGCUGAUAGGAGAAAUUGCAGAUAGGUGGAGGAGAGGGCGUUUGCUGUCAGGCUGGCUAGCUUUGUUUCAUGUCUUUGGAAUUUUUCAUACGGAAACACCCAAGCAUACAUGUUAUUUGGAGGGAAAUUAUGUAAUUUCAUGUAAGUGGAAUUAAAAAAAUAAUAAUUUAAAA